AUGUCGUACGACUACACCGUUGCUUCUAUGGAGCCGGGAUUGCCGCCCGUAGACGAGCUCCACCGGUUGAUCGAACUCUUCUUCAAGGUUUAUCAUCCAAUCUAUCCGUUUCUCGACCGGGGAAUGAUACGGUUGCUCGUAAGUGAAUCAUCUGACAUGUCACAGCGUAGUGCAAGAAGUCGUAGGGUUAGCAAGACUUCUCGGUUGAUGCUCCUUUAUCUAAUCACGAUCUUGGGCACAAUGGCAGGCCCAACCGUGUUUCAGCAGCAUCUCAACACAUAUCUAAGUUACUGUCACACGCUCGUGGGUCACCUCAUCCUGCAGCCAUCAAUAGAGUCGGUUCAGGCACUCCUCCUUUUCUCAAUCACUCUUCGUCUCCGCGACCAACUAUCGCAGGCAUGGGAUGUGCUCACGCUCGCUAUCUCCAUGUCGCAGACCUUGAGGCUUGCCCAUCUUAGUGCUCACCUGCGAACCAUCCAUGACAAGGGGUCAGGCAGCAACAUGAAUCCCAUGCGCACAUGGUGGGCCCUGUACGUAUUUGAGAAAUUUCUCGCCUUCGACUCUGGUCGGCAGUCCACCCUGGACGAUCCAAGAUUAUCAUCCGUAGGGCGACAAGACCCAACAGAGCCGAUGAAUAAUGAAAAGGCGCUUGUGCUCCAAGAUUAUGAGAAUUUCCUAACCAGCCUGGCCAAUGUAUUGCGCGAAAUGCAACAUCGUUCAUGGCAUACAUGGCGGACAGAGAGUCUAGAUACAACGAGCGACGCGGAUGCCCGUGCGAGCAAGAUUCGUACCGCGGGCGCAAUCGACACCUUGCUGUGGGAAUGGAGAGGAAGUCUGCCCUCUGAAUAUCAGGUCAUUGUAUUGUAUCGGAACACUCUUCUGCUGGAUUGGAGUGAGGUGAAAAGGGAGGUCGAUCGGUAUGGAUCCGGGGAACCGUGGCAUUUACGGCUUCGCAAUGGGCCCCAAAUAUGUCUUGAGGCCGCAAAGGGCAUGACAAACUUACAAGUCAUGGUGACAGAGGCCGAUGAACCCAGCUUUUUGGUCCUAGGCACUUCACCACUGGCAGCGGCCUACGUCUUAGCCGUCCAUAUUCGUCGCCAGCCAGCCACUAUCUUGAGCCGGACGCACUUUGAGCUACUAAGCGAUAUGGCCCUUCAGUCUUCAGUCGAAUUCAGCACGGAUCCCGUGGAGAAUCAUCUUACCCCGAUGACCAUUCCGAAUCCGCUCGAAUCUCCCCCACUCUCGUGGGGAUCCUUCGACUUGCUGAGUUGGGAUUGGAAUGACCUCGUUCCGCAGACCUAA